UAGAAUUUAUUAAUAAACUCAUUUCUUGCUCACCAUGAACUGACCUCAGCCUCCCGUAGAGAACAGACCUUCAUAUUUCGUGAAUAUUUUGUUAGUAGUCGUGUAAAACGAGAGUAAAAAAAAUAUGCAUAAAUUUUGAGAAUAUUACACACGUUUAAGUUGCGUGACAAUUUUAUUUUCACGCGUGUGUUGGAGGCAACAUAUUUACACAGGUAUAAUGUACAUAAAACUCCCAAGUUUUCUCCGCAGUAAAUUGAGUGUGUAAAAUAUACAUUAGUCCCCUCUAAAAGCUGCUCUCGUUAAAAUGAAAGGUAAAACGCGGAUAAUAUGAAUCACUAAGUGAAGUGCGACGCAAGGAAAACUUUUCGUCGGGUAUUUUAGUUUCAUCGUAGCAGCAGAGAAGACCAGACAUGUUCUCCGUCGUCAAAUUCAAAACUGAUAAUUCCGUACAAGUUGUGUCGUCAAAUUGGUUGAGUGACGACAAAAAAUACUGCCACUGGCCACCCGGACCGAACUCUAAUCCAACAGCAAAAAUCAAAAAGCACGAAGUUCCCACUAGCAAAUGGCCAAAGCUGGAAGUGAAAUUCUGGAAAGCUACAGAUAAUUACAACGAAGCCAGAAAUCUGGAGAAGGCCGCAAGGGAAACAUCUGACCUUGAUACAACGGAUACUGAAACGACGUCACUUUCAAGUGCAAACGCGGCUGCACACUCAAGUCCACUUAUUAUAAGCACUGACAAUUUUCAAUGCAUGAACGAGACCUUAUCUAAUCCGGCGGAUAAUGUCUUAACCAUUAAGGGAAUCAAUCAUCCAUCAUCAAGUCUGAUUCAAUUUGAGGACCAGAUUUUUCAAGUAGACGUAUUCAACAACGCCACAUUCCCGCACGAUUCGAAUAAUUCAGAGGAAGGAGGAAGUAGCGUAGCACCAUUAGCAAGACCUGUCGAAAAUAAUCAAGCUCAAUCCUCCGCGGCAGCGAUUCCAACAUCAUGUGAAGAUUUGCUCUCUGAAAUCUUGAAACGACAGCUUGGUAUGGUUAUAUAUAUUUAUAAUAGAAAGUACAGCCGGGUUUUGAACUUAUCUUUUCUAGCAUUAGAGCGGUUGGUGGGUGAAGGAUUUGCUGCAAUUAAAGACGAUAAUAGGAGCAUUCUGGGACAUUUGGGAGGGAAGGAUUCAGAGCCAAAUGUUUUGCUUCCAGUCGACAUCCCUUUAACAUGUGCUGCUGACUUUUCUGAACUUGACACUUGGCUGGAAGAUGCGACAAAUUCAAAAAAACUGGAACACAUUUUCUGUGCAAUCGGAGGGAAAUCCAUACAGAAAGUCGUGUCAGGAAUUAUGAAAAGGAUUUUCUCCAAGGAACUCGCGGCAAAAGUCAAUUGGAACGGACACAACGAAAAAAUUCGCUUUGAAAUUUCAAACCUCUGCAAAGUUGUCAUUGCUGCUGCUCGAGCGACAAAGACAGAACAAAGUACAGAGCUGCCUGCCGUUACCGAAGUAGCGAAGCACAUUCAGAACUGGCUUCGAAAUCAAAGGGAAUUUGCUGGACAGUGUCCACCAUCGAAAAAUGUCGUCGUACAGAAGCAAAAGAAGAAGGAUCAAUGAGGGGACAGAGCGAUUUGUUCAAUCAAUUCAAUCAGCGUUAGGCAAUGGAAAACAAGAAGAAAGCGAGCAAAGUAUUAGUAACACUUUAGUUUUAGAUAAUAGUAUCAACAUUAGUUUAGAAACUAGUAUUUUAGGUGACAAAAAUAUUACUUCCUUUGUUGAGAAUUCUAAUUUCAUUGAUAUUGACAUUGAUAUUGAGUCUCAGCCUCAACCAGUGCCCAGAACACUAGAUUUCAAAGAAAGUCUCAAAUUAUGGAGCCUUCAGCACAAUAUAACUCAUUCAGCUUUGAGUGAUUUACUUAAAAUUGUUAACUCGGAAUUUCCUGACGUAAAGCUUCCUAAUUGUUCGAAAACAUUUUUGAGAACCCCUAGAAUCAUUUCAGUUGAAGAUAUUGCUGGAGGGCAAUAUUUUUAUUUUGGAAUAGAAAACCAAAUAAAAUCCUUGUAUGAUUCAAAUAAUUUAAUUUUUAGUUUCGAAUCAAUUUCAUUAUUAUUUGGCUGUGAUGGGUUUCCAGUUACUGAAAGUUCGAGUACUCAAAUGUGGCCAAUCUUAUUUAGAAUUAAGGAAUUUACCAAAAUUAGGCCAAUUUUAGUUGGACUUUUCUGUGGAGAAACAAAGCCUACGUCUUUGAGGGAGUAUUUAGAGAAAUUCAUUGAUGAAAUCUAUCAUUUACAACAAAGUGAAAUUCAGUUAACUAGCGAAAAAAAAGUAAAAAUAGUUUUGUAUUGUAUCGUUUGUGACACCCUUGCCCGUAGUUUCCUAAAAUGUAUAAAAGGACAUUCAGGCUAUAGUUCUUGUGAACGUUGUGACAUCGAAGGAUUUUAUGAUGGUCAUGUGUAUUUCCAAACUGAGGUAGGGAAUUUAAGAACAAAUGAAUCUUUUCGUAACAAAUGUGACCCUGACCAUCACCAGUCUGACUCACCCCUAUUAAGAUUAGAUUUAGAUUUGGUUGGCCAGUUCGUGUUGGACUAUAUGCAUUUAUUUUGUCUAGGAACAAUGCGAAGACUUUUAUAUCUAUUUAUUUCCGGCCCGUUGUCGUGUAGGCUAUCCUCUAGAAUGAUGCAGAUGAUCUCUGAUUAUUUAGCGUCAAUAAGAAAAAAUUUUCCCCGAGAAUUCUCACGCCGACCUCGAGGCUUAGCUGAAAUAAAAAGAUAUAAAGCCACAGAAUUUAGACAAUUUCUUCUAUAUACUGGUCAAUGUGCUUUAAGAAAUGUUGUGCCUGGCAAAAACUUAAAACAUUUCUUACUUUUUCAUACUGCGGCGUAUAUCUUAUUAUCUCCUAAUGCAAAUAAUAUUAAAUGGAAUUCUAUCGCUAAAGCUCUUCUUUCCAAAUUUGUUCAAGAAAUGGCUGAAAUUUAUGGUCGUAAAAGUAUAGUUUAUAAUGUACAUGCGAUGAAUCAUAUUGCAGACGAUGCACUUAAAUUUGGUUCAUUAGACAGUAUUAGUGCUUUCGCAUUUGAAAGUUAUUUGUUUUCUAUAAAAAAGUUAAUUAGAGGGAAUAAUUUACCAUUACAGCAAGUUGUAAAAAGAGUGAUGGAGUGGGGGCAAUGUCAAAUUUCUAAAAGUGCUGAACAUACUGUGAAAAUUUCCAACAAUAUUGUAAAAAUGUCAAAAAAGACAGAACUCAAAAGAUACAGGAUUUUGUCGUACUGGGUAACAUGCAAGAUGGGUGACAAUUGCUUCAUUUUAAAAAAUAAUGAUAUCGUAAUUGUUGAUAAAAUAUUUAAACUCGAGGAUGACGUAAUGAUUAGAUGUAAAAAGUUCGAUAAAAUCACAUCAGUUCCAGAUUAUCCUUUUGAUAGUUCACUUCUUGGAAUAGUUAAUGUAUCCAUAAAGCAUUGUUCAACUAUUAUUAUUAACGUGCAGAGUAUUGUAAAUAAGUGUGUACUAAUUCCUUGCCAAUUAGAUAGUGUAGAUACAUUUACUUGCAUUCCAAUGUUAAAAAUCAUUGAUUAAAAUUAAUAAAGGAUGUUAUGUACAUUAAUCAGUAA